AUGGCUGCUGUGGCGAGCCCUCCUCCAGCUCCGAGCGCCAGGCGCAACUACCCACGCGUCAAGGCAGCCGAGCGAGUCAGGCUGAGGGCCGAAGAGACGGGAAGCAAGGAUGAGUUCGAGGCAUUCUGCGCACAGACGAUGCCGACGGCGGAGGAUGUCAGAGAGGAUGUGAUCGAAAAGCCUCCCGUGGAUGCUUUCCGGCACGAUGCACAGUACACGGCCGCGCACAUCUCCAUCGCGCCUCCCGACCCGAAGCUGGAGUUGACGGUGCGAGACACCCGGACCAGGCCCCUGCCUCCAUCCCUGACUGCAACUCAUGCGGCGCUGGAGCAACCGCUUCGGAGCAGUGAUCGGCACGGCCUCGCCCCGCGGCCGCCGACUUUGAGCCGUGAUGCCUCUUCCAGCCAACGGCUGGCCUUGCUGCUGAAAGAGAGGCCCUUCCUGGAACAGCCCGACCACGCCCUCCACGCCUUCCUGCAGCGCUGCCAAGAGGCCAUCAAGCUAGGCGAGGCCGCAGAAAAUGAGGAGGAAGCUCACGAUGCUCUUGAUCAUCUUGAUUUGCAAUGGUAUUGCGAAGAGCAAACGAUAGCUGCAGCUUUUUCGCGCUUUGACAAGAAUGGUAAUGGUGCUCUUCAAGGUGCUGAGAUUGAAUACAUGCUGGACUAUCUGGGUUUCCCACAUGGGGAAACGGAAGUCGGCAAGUUUAUCGGCACGGUGGACAGAGAUCCAGACGGGAAGAUCACCCACCACGAGUUUGUUCACUGCGUGGGCCGCUUCGGGGGCUGCACCAAGUUCCUGGAGCUCCGAAGGCAGCAGAUCGCGGCCCGGGGCGCUGACCUCGAAGUCUCGGAAGAGAUGCGCAAGGACGACCUCCGCUGCCAGCUCCUGGCCGCAGGCUUUCGCGAGGAGGAGCAGGCCACCUGGAGGCCUCUGGUCAGCCUGGCGGACCUCGCAGCGGCGGCGCAACUGCGGCCCUGUCAGCUCGAGGCGCUGCACCACGUCCGGAGCUUGGCCCGCGCGAAUCACGAGCAAGCCCUGCCGGAGCUCACGGAGCGCUUCCAGAGCCUGGGCUUCCCGGUGCAGGACCUGUGGAUGACCAUGGCCUGGAUCAGGGAGCUGGCACCGGUCAUCCUCCACAUAGACCUUGACAGCAUCACGCCGUUUCUAAAGAAGGACACGCACUAUCGAAACCAGUUCGAGACCAAAAGCUCUCGUGGUUUGUUGAACCUGGAGGUCCGCACGAAGUGGGAGCGAUCGCUGUUCGGAGAUGCUUACGAGAAUGCGGAGCCAUUCCACCGACCCAAGUAUGGUGUGUUGAACGUUUGGAAUGAUCCACAGGGCGUGUACGGCUGCCAACAGUAUGGCGAUUCCUACCUCGUUCUGAAGGAUGUCCGCUUGCGCUGCACAUUGGCACCCCAGGAUUCCGGUGGCCUCCAGGCCCAGAGACUGGCUGUGCUGGACUUCUGCGCGCACUCCCUGCUGGAGUACAGUGACGAAGAGUUGCGCGAAAUGGUUUAUUUGGCAAAGCAUGGGCACGAGAAAGUGGGGGACUCGAAAGCAGUCUGCCAACAAUGGGGCAAGUACAAGGAAGUGCAACUCCAUGGUGAAAUCGAUCUUACGAAGCAUGUCGAGCGAAUUGUCAUCCAUGGCCGACACAGGAGGCGUGAAAAGAUAUACCAGGAUCUUGCGCAGACCAAGGGGUGGCAGAUCUCAUGGGUGGAGGACAUGGAGCAGGAGCUUGAGGCACGAGCAGAGGGUCCGGAGAAAACCCGCGAAGAGUUCGACGGCAUUCUCGAGAGGAUUGCCUCUGGAGAUCAGCCAGCGAGCCAAGCAGCGGACCAAGCAGCGGAGCAGGAGGCUGAGGCACCGGCACAGCUGAGCUGCCUGGACACCCGUCCGAUCAGUUCUACGACGCCGCAGCUGCUCGCGUGCCGCCCUGGCUCCCAGCCGCAGCCAGUCCCCGAUCUGACACAGAAGCUCGAAAUGGAGUUCCUGGAGACGAUCGAAAGCUCCUGGGCGACAGGCCAAUCAGAGAAAGAGCUUUGGGGACAGUAUGCCAAGCGAGCCGAGGAGCUGCUGAUCACCAUGCCGCUGGAUCGCAUUCUGCGGGUUCUCAAGGCCUUCGUGCUCGCAAGAUUUCGUAGCGCCGACUUGUUGAAUCGAAUAGGCUCUGAGCUCGCCAGGGAGGUGAAAAGUGCCUCCUCGACACGGCUUUGCCAAGUCUUUCACUGGAUCGCAAGGGCAGGGCUACGAGAUCAAUCGUUGAUGUGCCUCAUGGGCAACGAGGCACUAUUCCGCCUGUCAGAUGACUUCGUCCUGGACAUGUAUGUCGAAGUGAUGAACGUGCAUGCUAGGCUUGACGUUCGCAAUCCAAGACUUGUUGGUGCAAUACUGCGGGAAAUGGCUCCCUUCUUUAGAGAGCUGAGCAAAGAUCAGUGCACGGCUGUGAUCCCGCUGACAGUGAUGUCCGUCUUCUCUGAUGAGGCUCGUGUGGCAUACCUCUCGCGAUGUGCCGAGCUCAACAUGGGGCUGCCAGUUCGUAUGACGAAGCCAGAUGUUCUCAGACAGUUUCGGCUGUUGGAGGAUUGCCUUCGUUUGGAUUAUCAUCCGACGGUGCUGCCGGCCCAAGUCCAGCUCUGGCUACAAAACCUGAAGGCAGAAAGCGAGGCCCAUGAUGCAAUUGUCCCAACGCCUUUGUCGGAUGUGGAGCAGGACAUCUUGCGGGUCCUUGAGCAGGAGCUUGAUGUGGCCGUCACACCGAUCUUGCAGGACUCCGUGCUGACCCUCCACCUGGUCUUGGGCAAGACGGUUCUGCAGGUCAUGGAUGCCUACGAUGACUAUUAUGUUACACCCGCCAUGGGGGGACAGCGCCUCGUGCGUGCAGAGACGAAGCUGCAGCAGCGUCUGAUUUGGCGUCGCGGCUGGAGACUUCUGACCCUCGAUGCUGAGGAGUGGAAAAAGCUCACGGACGACAUCUACAAGAAGGACCCGCCCCAUUGCCCCUGCUCGGCCGCGGAGCCUCCUCCGAAAAUGCAUGUCGGAAGGGAGAGUGGAGAACCAUCCAAGAAUGGCUUUCAACAGUCAGAGGGACUUGGGAGCUUCGAGCUUCGCGUGUGCUCUGGAAGGACCUGCUAG